AUGGGUCUGGGAAAGACAUGUCAGGUUAUAGCAUUUUUAUCGCAUUUAAAAGAAACUGGCAAGAACGGUCCUCAUUUGGUUGUUGUUCCUGCCUCAACUUUAGAAAACUGGUUGCGGGAGUUUAACCGCUUCUGUCCAUCAAUGGUUAUCGAGCCAUACUAUGGAUCGAUGGAUGAGAGAGCAAACAUUCGUGAUACCUUAAUGGAAUCUGACACUAAGUAUGACGUCUUGGUUACAACCUAUAAUUUGGCCUGUGGCGGUAAAGCUGACCAUUCAUUUUUGAGAAGUCAGAAGUUCAAUGUUUGCGUCUAUGAUGAGGGUCACUUGCUCAAAAACAGUCAAUCAGAAAGAUAUAGCAAAUUAAUGCGUCUUAAGGCAGAAUUCCGCUUGCUACUGACGGGUACGCCGUUGCAGAAUAAUUUGCGAGAACUUGUGUCACUUCUUUCUUUUAUUUUGCCUGAUAUAUUCCAGUCCCGGAAGGAUGACUUGGCAGAGAUUUUCAAACACAAGGCAAAAGCUACUAGCAAGAACGACGAAGACAACGCAACAAAUGCAAACCUUUUGUUGUCUGAGCAACGUAUUAGCAAGGCAAAGACUAUGAUGACUCCAUUCGUUUUGCGACGUAAGAAAGAUCAGGUAUUGAACCACUUGCCAGAGAAAGCCCAUGCAAUCGAGUAUUGUAAAAUGUCUGAUGAACAGCAAAGCAUUUAUGAUAUGGAGCUUGACACCAGUAGAAAGGCUAUUGCUGCUAGAGAAGCAGCUAAAGAGUCUGGUCAGCCAAGCGGCUCUGCUAAGAAUAUUGGCAAUAUCCUGAUGCAAUUACGUAAAGCAGCUCUUCACCCACUGCUGUUUCGAAGAUUGUAUAAUGACACAAUUCUGAAGAAGAUGGCCAAAGAGAUUAUGGCUGAACCACGCUAUGAGACUGCAAACGAACAGUUCAUUUAUGAAGACAUGGAAGUCAUGACUGAUUUCGAAUUGCACCGUCUGUGCGAGUCGUUCCCCUCAUCUAUAGGCCAUCACAAGCUUUCCGAAGAUAAAUGGAUGACCUCUGGUAAGAUUUCUAAGCUAGAGAAACUACUUCCUCAAAUGAAAGCUGAUGGAGAUAGAAUUCUUAUAUUCUCGCAGUUCACGCAAAUGCUUGAUAUCUUGGAGCGGGUGCUUAACUUUAUGAAAAUCUCAUUCUUGCGACUAGAUGGAUCGACUCCAGUAGAAGUCCGUCAAGAAAUGAUUGAUAAAUUUUACGAAGAAAAAGAGAUCACCGUGUUCCUAUUGUCCACAAAGGCUGGUGGUUUCGGUAUCAAUCUAGCAUGUGCCAACGUGGUUAUUAUUUACGAUCUCAGUUUCAAUCCACAUGAUGAUAAGCAGGCCGAAGAUAGAGCACACCGUGUGGGACAGACACGUGAAGUGCAGGUCAUUAGAUUGAUUACGAAAGACACAAUAGAAGAGAAUAUUCUCCAAUUGGCUAAUACUAAACUCCAAUUGGACAGAAGUGUCAGCGACGAAGCAGAUGAAGAGAAACUGGAGCAGUCUAAUGUGUCGUUGGUCGCGUCCAUGCUCUUGGGUAAGACUCCCAAGGCCAGUGUAGAACCAGAAUAA